AUGGGCCAGACAUCGCAGCAGGACAGCCCUCUGUCCAUUGCGGCCAAUGUCGCUGGAAUCCUCACCUUCGUCGUCGCUAUUGUCGCAGCAGUGUACGUCAGAAUCACAUAUCUGCGCAACAGCGACGAUGAGUAUUUCCGGGUCAAGGCCUCGCUGUCAUGGUUCAAAACGGAAUCCACAUGGCUAUCGGAUCUUGUUCGUACAGCCGGUGAAAGAUCAGGAGGUCACCAUUCUCGCCAACCUGAAUAUCAGAUGUACGCCUUCGUGAUGGACGAUUUGAUUAAGCUGGAGAAACGCAUCUUGGAACUGCUGGCCGAGGCCGAGACCAAGGCUGCGGGCCAAGACGCCGAGAAUCAGGGUAAAUGGACUCUCGUGCCCAAAAGUUGGAGCUUCACGACCAAUGUCGCCAUGGCCUGGCUGCCGGUCCGGACCAAAACGUUGGAGCUGGUCCGCCAGAGAGAAGCACAGACGGCAAGAGUGCAAUUCACACAAAUGAGCAUGAUAUCUUCGUAA